AACUCUGUCCCCUUUCCUUUCCUUUCCAGAUCCCAGUUUCCCCAUUUUCCUUGAGAUCGCCCACUGGCUGUCCCCUUCUCCUCCCGACUCUCCUCCGCGCCAAGCCGCCAACCACCUGUUUGACGCACCGACAAAGCGGCCAUGAUCCAGCUGAUGUUCACGCUGCUGGCCGCCGAGGCAGCGCUGGUGCUCGUGCUGCUCUUCCGCACGCCCGCUCGACGCCUCGCGCUGCUCGCCGUCGACUGCAGCAAGCGCGGCCGCGGGCCCGUGAUGGCCCGGACUGUCGCGGCCACCAUGCUCGUCGUGCUCGGCUCCAGCGGGUAUAGCAUCGCCAAGAUCCGGCGCCGCGAAGGCGAGUUCGCCCAGCUCACGCCCACAGACCAGGUGCUCGCCAGCCGACACCUCCUCGAGGCCUCGCUCAUGGGAUACUCUCUGUUUCUUGGGCUAAUUAUUGAUCGGCUGCAUCACUAUAUCAGGCAAUUACGGGCGAUGAAGAAAAACAUGGAGGCUGUGACAAAGCAGAGCAGGGUCUUGGAAGAAACAAAACUCGGGGACUCUGAGGAAAUUCAAAGAUAUCAGAAAAAGAUUGACAGUUUGAAUGAGCAGGUGCAAGCACUCAAACACCAGUCAGAAUCUCAAACAGAGGAGCUAAAAACUGCUGAAAUUAAUAAUUUGGCUUUACGGAAACAAUCUGAAGGUUUGCUUACUGAGUAUGAGCGUCUAAUUGCCGAGAACGAGGAAUUGAGAAAUAAGCUGCAAACAAUGGAAAUCCGCUUCUCCCGUUCUGACAGCAAGAAGAAUACAUAGUGAAGUGUGCGUUUUACCUGUUGAACGUCGGCUACUGUAAAUUUUUGUCAUAUAAUGUUAUUCUGUGCAUACUUAUAGACGUACUCUCAUUGUCAGAUCGAAAGAACAUAAUAUGUCUGCUUGGUGUAAUGUUUUGAGUCGAAACGGAUGGCUAAUCAUGUAAUCCCAGUCAUUUACCCGAUGAGCAGAAAAUGUACUAUAUACGCAGGUCUUUUUUGAUAUUUCGGAAAUAAUAUUAUUUCCUGCCAGUCCA